AAAGAAAAGAAAAAGAAAGAUAAGCAAAGAGAAGUUAGAGAAAGAGAUGAGAGUGGAAAGAGAGAGGAGCAGCCACAGUAACACAAUGACGACGCCGAGAAGAGCGGUGUACAUAAACCCCCCAACGACGACGUUUCAGCAGAUCUGUCCCUCUUUUGUAGCCUGGUUCUUGCAGAGGCCCCACUCUAUCCCUUUUCUCCUCACUCUCUUCUUCUUCCUCGCGUGGAUCUCACUCCGAAUGCAGCGCGUUUCCCACCCUCUCCCCACACCCACUACCACCGAUAUCACGGCCAAUCUCGUUCGGUUCCUACCUUCCAACGUUGCCAAGGACACCCGUGGCUGGUUGCUCGAUCCUCUCUCUCUUGCCCUUGCUUCCGGCGUUUCAGGUGGAGCUGUUACCUGUGCCUCGCUUCACGCCGGAGAAAUUCGGCCUGGAAAGUUAAGAGGAAAUCACAGACACCACGAUUGUAACGAGACUUUUCUCAUUUGGGGUGCUGCAACCAAGUUUAGGUUGGAGAACAGUGAGGUAAGUGACAAUGGUUAUGCUGAAGUAAUCUUUGGUGGAGAUGAGAUUGCUGUUGCUGCCAGCCCCAUUCAUAAAGCGCAUGCUUUAGUCAACAUAGAUCCCACAAGAAGUAUCUUCUUCUUAGGAUGCCAAGAUAGAAUUAUAAAUUAUAAUGCCUCAAAUACUGACUUUAAUGUUUGGAAAGAUCUGUGAUGAAAUCUGAAAUGUAUCUAAGCCUCAAUAUUGCUGCACAGCUUGAGAAAGUUUUAACCUAUUUGUCUAUAUUUCCACGAAAUUUGGAUCCAUUCGAGUUGUAGACUAACAUGAUAUAUUCUUUUCUAAAUCAAAUCAAAUCAAUUAC